UGUCAGGAACGUAAUGUAGACAUUCAAGGUUUGUUCUAUAUAAGGUGCAACAAUAUUUUACUGAGAGUGCACGCUGCAUCAAGAAAGACUGUCAAUUUAUUUAGCCUUAGGACGUCUUUUGAUAAAAAACAAUCGCGUCCAGAAUGGCUGCGGUAUUUGAUAUUGAAUUGCACGAUGUGGAUACAGUGAACGGGGACGAGUCGGAUGAUGAUGUUAUCGAGAUUGGAGAGGAGGACUAUGAUCCUAAUCCUAACGUGAAUGAAAUAAUCGAAUCUGAUGGCGUUGAAACGGUUGCUAUUUCUGAACAAAAUGUUAAUCGUGGAAGAGAAAGAGCUGGACCACAAGAUUUUGAAUUAUGCAAAGUUAUUGGAAAAGGUGGAUAUGGAAAGGUCUUUCAAGUACGUAAAAUAACAGGAAAUGAUAGUGGUACCAUUUUUGCUAUGAAGGUGCUACAGAAGGCAUCUAUUAUAAGAAAUCAGAAAGAUACCGCUCAUACAAAAGCUGAACGAAAUAUUUUAGAAGCCGUAAAGCAUCCAUUCAUUGUAGACCUUAUGUAUGCUUUCCAAACGUGUGGUAAAUUAUAUUUGAUCUUAGAGUAUAUGUGUGGAGGUGAACUUUUUCGACAUUUAAAUGACGAAGGAAUAUUUUUAGAAGAUACUGCAUGUUUUUACUUAUCUGAAAUAAUAUUGGCUUUGCAACAUCUUCAUUUACAAGGAAUCAUUUACAGAGAUUUGAAACCAGAAAAUAUUUUGUUAGAUGCGGAAGGUCAUAUUAAAUUAACUGAUUUUGGUUUAUGCAAAGAACAUAUACAAGAUGAUACUGUAACACAUACUUUUUGUGGAACUAUAGAAUAUAUGGCCCCUGAAAUUUUAAUGAGAAGUGGACAUGGUAAAGCAGUCGAUUGGUGGAGUCUUGGUACUUUGAUGUAUGACAUGCUCACAGGAUCUCCCCCAUUUACAUCUAAUAAUAGAAAAAAGACAAUAGACAAAAUUCUACGGGGCAAAUUAAAUCUUCCUCAAUAUUUAACGCCCGAUGCCAGAGAUUUAAUAAGAAAGCUGCUAAAGAGACAAGUCGCACAAAGGUUAGGUACUGCACCAUCGGAUGCUGAACAAAUAAAAAAUCAUCAAUUCUUUAAGCACAUCAAUUGGAACGAUGUUAUAUCACGAAAAUUGGAACCACCAUUCAAGCCAAUAUUGGCAAGCGAAGAUGACGUAUCCCAAUUUGACAAAAGAUUCACAACUUCUGCCCCUAUAGAUUCACCUGCAGAAUAUACUUUGAGUGAAUCAGCUAAUAGAGUAUUUCAGGGAUUCACAUAUGUAGCACCAAGUAUACUUGAAGAUAUGUACCAACCAAGAAUUAUAAAUGCUAGAAGUCCUCGUAAAGGCAAUGUACGUGGUUUCUCACCAAGAAAUACACAUUUCCAUUUGCAUAAUUCGCAUUUGCAAAAUCAUAGGCAUAAUGGUGUAGGACAUAACAAUGUGGAAGACACAGAAAUGAUAGAGAUAGGCUAACUGUCACUUCUUAAAUAGCAAAAUAAUGCUUAGCAUUUUGGCCUAACUGCUGAAUAUCCGUGACCAAUCCUCGUGUCUCAGGGAGGGAAUUUUAUAAGCAUACAGAAAGAGAAUAGCAUAGGAUGGGUCUGGUCUUAAUUGCUUCAAAGAAUAUUCAGCAGUUAUGUUUAGCUAAUUUUUUUUUUAAUCAAAUAUAACAAUUACGAAUUUAUCAACUAAUAUUACGUUUUAAAAAACGAUGUGUGUGCAGCGGUUGUUGGUAUCAAUUAAAGUAACACAUCUGAUUUGUUAUAAAGGAUAAUUAUUAACUUGUUAAUCGGGGACGAAUAAAGAUAUUUAACUUCUUUUAUGAUAUCAAAGAAUAAAUAAAUCAUUUUUAUUUUUAUUUCUCAUUGCUAUUAGAGCAACGUAAUAUGUGCAAUUUGUAUGAUUCAUUAUUUUAUUUAAGGUCUCCCCGAUUAAUAGGUUAAUUUUAAGUUGAUAUUUUGUUAGUAAUUGUAAUAAAAAAGAUAAAUUUUGUAUUCAUAUUUACACAAUUUAAUUCUUUUGUGGUUUAUGUUA